AUGGCAGUGGUUUCCGAGCCACGCAGUUCUUUCCAUAUCCCUGUAAUUCCAACCAAAAGAGCCUCCUAUUCUCUUUUAGUGAUGGGUCUCUCCCAAAAUGAAUUGAAAAGGCUUGCAUUGGAGGGAAGACACGCUCCACUUCUGCGCUUAUCUGAAGAUACUAUUGAAUCCUUUGCAAGUCGAGAUGACAAUCAUCUUCACCAUGAAUCAUCCAUUCAAUUCCCAUUAAAUGAUGAUGAUGAUGAACACUCCAAAUUAUUUGCACAAUUAAUCUCUCAACAGAUGGACCAUCUUGUCUUUUUGAUGCAUUUUGAAACAUUGAAACAAGUGGAACGCAUGGAACUUCAAGUGAUUGAGAAUAACUAUGAGAGAAAGAAACAAGGAAUACCGUCAUUCAUGGGAAUGACCAAACGAUUAUUCAAUACUACAAGUGAUCACAGAGAUGAUACUACUACUACCACAUAUUCUAAUCGAUCUCACAAGAAUACUAAUAGCACCAAUCUCUCUCUGGGCCAUGCUGCGAACAAGAAGAGAAAACCUCAAAAUCUUCUUCGAAAUCACAACUAUGUGGAAAUGACUGCCAAGAUGCGUGAAAUUCAUCUCGCCUUUCCAAACAUGACACAAAUGUAUUCGGUGGGUCAUUCAGUUCAACAACGUGAGUUAUGGGUCAUGAAAAUUAGUAGUAACAAAGUCAUUGGUGCUCCACCUUACUCCUUUAACCUUAAAUAUAGAAAACCUAAAUUUAAAUAUAUUGCCAACAUGCAUGGUAAUGAAACUGUUGGAAGAGAAGUGAUUUUAUAUUUCAUUGAAUACUUGUUAAAUUUAUACAAGAAUGGUGAUCCACUUGUGACUCGUAUUCUUGAUUAUAUGGAUGUAUAUAUCAUGCCAUCUAUGAAUCCAGAUGGAUAUGAAUUGAAACAACGUAGAAAUGCCAAUGGAGUUGAUUUAAAUAGAAAUUUCAUUGAUUACUAUUUUGGAAUGCCAGAGGAUCCAUUUCAACCUGAAACAUUGAGUAUCAUGCAAUGGAUUUCACAAGAACAAUUUAUCCUCUCUGCUAAUUUACAUGGUGGUGUUUUGGUUGCAAAUUAUCCAUUUGAUACUGCUCUUCAAAAAGAUGCCAAUUAUAGUGCAACACCAGAUGAUGCAUUCUUUCGAAUGGUUGCUACUGUUUAUGCGAAUGCAAAUCCAGAGAUGCAUUUAAGUAAGAGAUUUAAGGGUGGAAUUACGAAUGGAGCUGCAUGGUGGGUGGUUCAUCACACAAUGGCUGAUUACAAUUACUUUGCUGCUAAUUGUUACGAAUUGACUCUUGAACUCACUGAAGAAUAUAUUGCUCCUGAAUCGGAUUUGGAUAAAUUUUGGAAACAAAACAAACUCUCACUCAUUUUGUAUAUGGAUCAAAUGAAAUUCGCAGCAGUGGGAAUUGUUGCUGAUGAAAUGGGUAAUGGUGUGUCGUAUGCAAAUGUCACAGUGAAAGGAAAUGCAAAGAUUAUUACUUCAAAUUAUGAUGGAUUCUUUUGGAGAUUAUUACCACCUGGAAAUUAUACCAUUGAAGUGUCAAAAGAGGGAUACAUUUCACAAUCUCAAAAUGUAUUUAUUCCAGAAAAUGCAGAAUUAGGAAAACCUGUAUUUGCUUAUUUCAUUCUUAAGAACGCACCUCCAGCACCAAGUAAUGAUCCAAACCACGGCGAGAGUGACAACAAACGAGGGCGAGACUCUCCUCAUACAGUUCCAAAAAAGAAGAAGAGGACUAAGCUUCCCUCAAUAGAAAAAAAGAACACCAAAGCUUCUUCGAGUGAAAACAUUAAUAGAGACCCAAAAAAUUUGGGAAACGGAUAUCUUCGAGAAUUUAAAAAGAAAGCCAAGAAGAAUGGUAAGAAAGCUCAACAAAGAAAAAAGGAGGAAGAAUUUGAGGAGCUCAAGAAAAAAAUAGAAAAGAUGGAACGGAAAGCCGAGCAGGUUCGUUACAAGUACUCCCAUCACAGAAGCAUUGCGUUCGAAACUUUUUGA